GAAAGGGUUGCUUGGUCGCCUCGAAUAUUGAAAUAUUGACUUUGCUGGCUCCAAGCUACAGCCCUUCUCCAAUAGAACCGAGAAUCGUUCAGACUUGGCCCAGCCCAGCCACUGUCAGCUCCAGAACAGACCCUCGACAACAUCAUCGAAUGCCUGACCACUGCGGGAUCUGUGCCGGCAGCGGCCUUGUGACGUACGACUACGCGGUCUGCUCCGUCUGCAAUGGGGCCAGCAUGACCUCCAAUGGCAACUGCGGCGGCAACGGCCGCGACAAAUGCUGGGCCAACCACCCGGGCGUCGUCAUCUACGACGUGCCCAAGGGGCGGACCUGCCCGACUUGCAACGGCACUGGACUCCGCUAG